AUGGUUAGAAGAGUUACCAAUUUGGGUGUGAUACAUGGGUUUAAAGUCAAUGAUAAUGUAUCUUACAAUCUAUUGCAAUUUGCAGACGACGCGAUUUUAGUGUGUGAUGAGUCAUGGUCUAAUCUAUGGGCAGUGAAAUCAAUACUUAUGGGGUUUGAAAUGGUAUCUGGCCUGAAAAUCAACACUUGGGAGAGUUAUUUAUAUGGAGUUGGCAUUGAAGACCACUUUCUAAAUGAUGUUGCACAUUUCUUAGCAUGUAAGAAGGAUUCUCUACCUUUUAAAAAUCUUGGUCUCAUAGUGGAGGCAACCAUAGAAGGGUGUCAUUUUGAAAGCUGGUUAUCUCGAGUUUUAAGGCAAGACUCUCACCAUGGAAUGGUAGAGUUAUGUUCAUAG